AUGUCGAACGGCUUACACACCGCGAACAUGCGCCAGCAUGACACGGGUGCUGCGGGCAGCGCCAGCAAUAGUGGCGAUGGGAGACCCUUCCACCGCAGUGUUCCGGUUGCCAUUGUGGGCAUGGCCUGCAAAUUCGGAGGAGACGCUACCAGUCCCUCGAAACUGUGGGACAUGUGCAUGGAGGGUCAAGACGGCUGGGGGGCCAUUCCCCACGAGCGAUUCGAUCUGAAGUCUCUCUAUCAUCCUGACCAGCAGAGAUUCGAUCGGCAUCAUGUCCGCGGUGGAUUCUUCUUGCAGGACGACCUGAAACGAUUCGACGCAGCGUUCUUCAACCUUUCUGCCGAGAUUGCCAGUGCGAUGGAUCCGCAACUGCGGCUGCUCAUGGAAUCUGCAUACGAAGCCAUCGAAAACGCGGGCAUCCCGAUGGAGAGCUUCUCUGGGUCCAAUGCGUCAGUGUUCACUGGGACAUUUGCAAGUGACUAUUUCGACACGCUGAUCCGCGAUCCCGAGAAUCUGCCGGCCUCGUUCAUAACCGGGAAUGGAGGGGCGAUGCUGUCGAACCGCAUUUCGCAUUUCUAUAAUCUCACAGGGCCUAGUAUGACGAUUGACACGGGCUGCUCGUCGAGUGCCGUCGCCAUUCACCAGGGAUGCCGGAACCUCCAAGCGGGGGAAUCAGACCUGUCUUUGGUUGGUGCAUCUUCUGUGCUAUUGAACCCCGACAUGUUCAUCGCCAUGUCCAACUUGAAUGUGCUGAAUGCAGAGGGGCGGUGCUAUUCAUGGGAUCACCGCUCCAAUGGGUACGGCCGCGGUGAGGGCGUCGCAACCCUGUUGCUGAAGCGCCUGGACGACGCCCUGCGGGAUGGGGAUCAUGUCCACGCCGUCAUCCGUGAGACUGCGCUGAACCAAGACGGAAAGACAACGACGAUUUCUUCGCCCUCGAUGGAGGCGCAACAACAACUCAUCGAAGAGUGCUACCGCCGCGCCGGACUGGACCUUGCACAAACCGCGUACGUCGAAGCGCAUAUGACGGGUACAGCCACAGGCGACCCCAUUGAGGCGGAAGCCAUUGCGCGAACGUUCGGGCAGCGUCGCAGCUCGGACGACCCGGUGCUCGUGGGCUCGGUCAAGACGAAUCUGGGGCAUACUGAGCCCGUGAGCGGGCUGGCGGCCGUUAUCAAAACCGCCUUUGCGCUGCAGCACGCAUGCAUCCCCCCGAAUCUGAACUACGAGAAACCAAAUCCGAAGAUUCCGCUGGACGAAUGGCACCUGCAGGUCCCGACGUUGCCCACCCAGUGGCCCCAGGAUAAAUCGCCGCGCGCAUCGAUCAAUAACUUUGGCUACGGGGGCACCAACGCUCAUAUCAUCAUGGAAAGAGCUCCCACCCCCGCGCGACAAAUCAACCGCGUAGUUGAACAGGACGAAAGUCUUUCCCGGCCAGCUACGUGCGCGAGUCCGCUUCUUCCACGGGAAACAGCGUGA